CAUGUGCUCAACUUAGACAGAUAGACAAACUCCAGGAAUAAAAAUGGCAGAUGCACUGGAUAUCCUGGAUGUGGACCGCCCAGUCACACCAGAGUUGACCAAGGAGAGGAUUCUAAACCCAGAGAAGAAACCAAAAAAAUCUGUUGAGUCCAUCAAACGGCCAGAAGGCAUGAACAGGGAGGUGUUUGCCUUACUUUAUGCUGAUGCAAAAGAUCACCCUCCUCUCCUUCCUACUGACACUGCUCAGGGUUAUAAAGAAGUGAAGGUAAAGCUGGGAAUGAGGAGAGUUCGUCCAUGGCAGUGGAUGCCAUUUGUGAAUCCAGCAAGGAAAGAUGGAGCAGUAUUCCAUCAUUGGAGACGGAUUGCAGACCAAGGAAAGGAGUAUCCCUUUGCAAAGUUCAACAAGAAAGUUCACAUUCCUAAAUACACUGACAGUGAGUAUGAUGAACUCUUGGUGAAGGAAGGCUGGAGCAAGGAUGAGACCAAUCAUCUAUUUGAGUUAUGUGAGCGUUUUGAUCUCAGAUUUGUUGUGGUGCAUGAUCGCUGGGACCGCCAGAAGUUCCUUGCUUCCCGAAGCAUUGAAGACUUGAAAGCACGUUAUUAUGAAGUAGUUGGAGCCCUUGAAAAGAAGCAUGCUCCUCGGGUACAAGAGCUCUCGUGUUAUGUGUUUGAUAUUGAGCAUGAACGGAAACGAAAAGAGCAGUUGGAGAAGCUCUUGAAUAAGACUCAGGAAGAGCUGGAUGAGGAGCAGAUGCUGCUGAAUGAGGUCAAGAAAAUUGAAUCAAGGAAGAAGGAACGUGACAAAAAGACUCAAGAACUCCAAAAGCUGAUAUCAGCUGCUGGGCACUCUUCUGAGGGGAGGAAGUCAGAGAAAGUUGUGAAAAAGAAGACCUCUCAUGUGAAAGCACUCAAGCUGGAGACAACUCCGUUGGAGACAGGAGGAAUCAAGUUUCCAGAGGUAAAGGGAGGUGGUGUGAUGUUGAGAUCUCAACGCAUGAAGCUUCCAUCCAGUGUAGGACAGAAGAAAACUAAAACAAUUGAACAACUCCUGCAGGAACUCCACAUAGAUGUAAAUCCAAUGGCAACUGAAGAGAUAUGCCAGGAAUUCAAUGACCUUCGGAGUGACAUGGUCCUCCUGUACGAUCUCAAGGUUGCUCUUGCAUCCUGUGAGUUUGAACUGCAGACCCUCAAGCAUCAGUAUGAGGUCUUAGCUCCUGGCAGAAUUCUGGAAAUUCCUGCUGGUCUCACCCUGACGGCUUCAGCUCAGUCAGUGGAAGAAGAAGGAAAAGGAAAGGGAAUCUCAGAGAUCUUGGAUGUGGCAGCCUCACCUUCCACACCAACUCGGAAGCAGAGGAAGGCUGCCCUGGAGCAAGGGAACGUGUUGAAGAAACUCAAGAUGCGGACAUGACACGUCUGUGAUAUAUGCACAUUGCUGGU